AUGGCUCAUAGAAUAGAAAUAGGUGAAGUUCUGAAAUCCAACGAUUCGGACGACGUAAAAGUGGCCAAAAUACUGGAAGCUCUCUAUUACUUGCUCAACACCACGGAGCAAAAUACCGUGCAUAAAGCGGGUCUGUACACGCAAGAAGAAGCACGUCAAUCAGAAAACAACAUCUGCGCUCGUGGACCGGCCGAACGAUACAACCUCACACGGGCCGGCAAGAUCAUCGACCUGGUUUCCAAGAUCAACUCGGACAUUUUCCUGCAGCCUAAGCUACUCAUAAAUGGAGUGGAAAUUAGGCAUGUUUUUUAUCAAGGCUCCGACGAAUUCCGAAUUAUGAAGACUGAUCAGGACAUGCAUAAAGUGGAAAUCAUGAGUGCCGCCUUGUACAUAAAGAAAAUCACUAUGUCUCCCAGCCUAUUCCUCGGGCACGAAACCGAAUUGCAGCAGCGCAAGGCUCUCUACACACUGGCCGGAAGUGAAUUGCGUAUUCGUUCGCUACCAGUUGGCAACCUGGAUGCAUGCCCGGAAGAUUUAUUUUCAGAGAAGAUACCGUUUAAGGUGGUGGUUGCAUUCGUGCCCACCCUAGCCAACCAGGGAGCAUUCAAGCGCGACCUGUAUCGAUUUGUGAACUGCGACAUUGAGACGGCGACGCUCACUGUGAACGGGACGCAGCGAGUGGACACGUUCGACUUUAACAAUAACCUGAGCCAUCGAAGCUACUUCACCCUCCUGGAGCAACUGUGCGAGAAGCACGUCUCCUACGAAUACGACCAAUACGUUGGAAACAAGUUCCUACUGGAACACGUGAUCGUGCCAGCACGACCUCAAGGAACCUAUGGCGUAGAAGUCGGCCAUUAUCUCAUUGGUAGAAGAAGAAGAAGAAGAAGAAAAGGGCUUCAACCCACGUUUGCUGAUACUGCUGCCCUCGUGCGUCAAGCUGAUGUAGCUGCUCUAGCCAUAAAGAUCACUGCCGCUCCGGGCCACGAGACAGGGGCGAAAGAAGAGGAGGAAAAGGCUUUUCGAGCUGCGCUGUUCCUCAUUGCGCCGCCGGACCUCAAGAUGAAUUCAUUUCUGGUGGCUGUUGCUGCAGUGCUGGCAGGUGCUUCAGUGGUGGCUGGUACGUCAGCGCCGGUCCAGAAGGAGACGCUAGAUCCGUGCUCAAGCGUGGCUCCGCAGCAGCUGCCCUUCGGGAGUGGGGUAUCUCUACCGGAUACUAGUAACAACUACAGGUUGUCAACCGUGUACGAUCCGAACACCCGCCAGGUCACCGUAACGCUUCAAGGUCUGGGCGUGAACAAGUUCACGAGAUUUGUUAUCCGAGCUCUGAACAAUAAAAGCCCGGGUUUCGUGAAUGGCCAAUUCAGCAACUUUUUGUCGACCGUGAAGUCUGUUUCUUGUGAUGGAAUUCAAAACAGUGCUAUCGCCAACAUGGACGACAGUGAGAAGGAUUCGGUAACGGCAAUCUGGACACCGCCUUUGACCGAACUAGAUGGUCAGAUCAAGUUCAAGGCUACGGUGGUGAAGGCCGGGGCGAGCACUACAGAUGUCGUCGAGUCACCAGUCACGGAGAUGAGCAGGCUCCCAGGUGUCCCAGCCAGACAAGUAGACGCUAAAGCUAGCGCUCUGGGGGAUGCGGGACGAGGAACACCCACUCAAAAACGCGGUCGUGCGGAAGGGGAGACAACCGCUGCUACAACAGCUGCAUCAGGAAAGUCAGGUGGUAUGGUUCUUCGGCCCCUGGGAUCGCUGGGUUUCAUUACUUGCCUCCUGUGGACGGCCUUCCACUUGCCUAUGUAGCUAGCUUGCGGGUGUCUCGAAAUAAAUGCCAGAAAUAAAAUGUGAUAAAAUGUUAAAAGCGU